AUGGACGAAAAGCAUCAGUAUCAACCGCAGCCCAUGAAUCCUCCUCGGCGUGUGUCGUGGAUUUUUUCCAAGGGCCGCCAGCUGCUCCUUAUUGCGGUCGUCCUAAUCGCAAGCUUCCACUUGAUCGCUGUGCCUUUUAUGCCGAAGCAUUUCUUCCAGUGCAACCACGUUAGCACGACCAAGGCCCUCGUCCCGUUCGAAGCGCAUAUCAUUAGCAAAUGCCCCGAUACCAGGCAUGCCCUUCGUAACCUGAUCCUGCCCGUGAUGCAAAAGGUCCACGACAAAGUCGACUUUCAGCUCUCAUACAUUGGCAAGCCCACUGCUAACGGCGGCGUCGAAUGCAAACACGGUCCCUCCGAGUGCAUCGGCAACAUCAUCGAACUCUGUGCUCACGAGCUCUAUCCCGACCCCAAGAUCCAUCUCGGUUUCGUCAUGUGCCUGACCAAGGACUACGACCUUAUCCCCGAUCGCGCGCUCAUCGAAGACUGCGCUCUCGAGCAUGCCAUCGACUUCAACAAGCUCAACGACUGUGCCGCCCGAGAUGAAACCGCCCACGGCAUUGAGCUGCUGCGAAACAGCGUCCAGCGAUCUGCUGAUGCCAACAUAACCAUCAGCUGCACCAUUCGUCUCAACCACGAAGUCUACUGCAUCCGCGAUGACGACGAGUGGAAGGACUGCCCCAACGGCCCUGGCGUCAACGACCUCGUUCUCGCUAUUGAGAAGCUGUACCGCGGUUCGUCGUAA